ACUUCCAGAGAGUUAUCCCAGAAUGCCGUUGUAAAGAUGUCUGCCUCUAUAAACACUCCCACUUAUAAAAUUAAUUUGGCUAAGGAAUAGGUUGAAAUAGGUCGAUAAAAUGCAAUUUAUGAUUGGGCAAUUCUUUUAGGAGAUUUGGUAAAAUAUCAAAAUGCAACAUUCCAUUGAAAAAGAAUUUAGCUUUACAUUUACCAGUAAAGAUAUGAAAUCAACAUUGACAGUUCCUGUUACAAUUCCAGUAAAUGUAUCAACUGAAGAGUUUAUGGGAAGACUGAUACUAUCUCAUAAUUUACCUUGUUAUAUUGAAGAUGAUCUGAAGAACAGUUUAUCAAAGUUUAUUGAAGAAGAAACGAAAAAAUGGCACGAGAAUAAUGCCCAGGCUGCCAUUGACUCUGUGAUAAAUGGAAGUGUAAAUGAAGAUGAUUUAAUUGAUAGAUGGACCAAGGCUUUUACACAGGAAGUAAAGGAAUAUGCUAAACCAGAAGAAAUAACUAACGAACAAAUGUUUUCUGAUAUUUAUCAUACAUUAAUACAUUCUCCUGCUUUAGAAACAGUUCUAAAUCUAGAACAUACCUAUGCUUUAUCUGUAGAAGAUAUUAUAACCAAUAGAGAUGCUGAUUUACAACAUCUAGACUCUAAACAACAUGAGGAAAUGGAAGAAGCUUUAGCAAAUGUUGGUACUAAAUAUACAGAUGAAGAUAUUAAUCAACUAGCACAGCGUCAUUUUGAUAAUACUCAGUUGAUAUCAAGUAAAUGGGCAAGUGAAUUAAGUAACUUAAGAGAAACACAGAAGAGAGAAUUUAAAGAAUGGAUCAAGAAAGUUCAUGAAGAUUCUCAAACCAACUCAAACACUCCUUCUUACGUUCAAAGGUUACGUGCUAUGUCAUCUGGUUUACCUGAUGCUGAAGAAGAAGAAAGACAAUUACAACCUAGUAGACUAGAGGAGAGUUUUACUAUACAUUUAGGUGCUCAAAUGAAGACAACACAUAAUAUACGUUUAUUAUGUACUGAUGUAUUAGAUCUAUGUCGUCAUAAAACACAUACUGUAGGAGGUGUUGUGAUCCCUCAACCACAAAGAUUACAAACAGCCAUGUCUCUUUAUUCUAAUUCAUUAUGCGGUUUAAUUAUGUUAGUUGAUAACCGUCUCAAUAGUUAUACAGGAAUGAAAAGAGCAUUUUCUAGAGUGUGUGAACAGUCGACAGACUUCCAUUUUUCUGACUUAGAUCGUCGUUUUUAUCUAAUUGAGGAAGAAUUUAUUAAAGCUAAUGAAAUUAGAAGUCAGAGAGUAUCUAAUGAAGAUGGUGAUGUAGUUAGUAUAAAGAGUACUGGCAGUGGUAUUAGUGCUAACAGUUCAUCUAGUGAUGCUCAGGUUAAAACUGCCAAUUAUAAAUUAAAUAAUGGUGACUUUUAUAUCACCGAACAUUCCAAUCUGUCCGAGGUUCAUGUUGUGUUUCAUCUGGUCUGUGAUGACAGUGUUAGGUCAGGUGACAUCUCGUCACGCCAUCCAGCUAUAUUAAGUUUAAGGAAUAUAAUCAAGUUGUGUUUUAGAUAUGAUAUUCACACCAUAACUAUACCAUUAUUACUUACUCAUGAAAUGACAGAGGAAAUGACUAUACCAUGGUGUAUGAAGAGAGCUGAAUUAGUAUAUAAAUGUGUUAAAGGUUUUAUGAUAGAAAUGGCUACUUAUGGAGCCCAAGAGUCAAGAACAAUACAGUUUCUAGUCCCAAGGGGUUUAUCAGAAGAUAUGUUUAUGAAUAUAAGUAAUAUGUUACCUACUAUAUUCCGUUUAUCUAAUCCUGUUAUACACAAAUCUGGUCCUAAUUCAACUAAUUCUAUAUAGUAUAUAUAUUAUAAAUUAUAUUUAUUCAUUACAAAUACCUACCCCAAAAAUAGUAGUCGAUGGGUAGCAUUUAGCAAAAUACAUUAGUCCAAAUUGUCUUAAAGUAUUUCUCACAAAGCAACCAAUCCAUUAUAAUUGUUGUGUGACUGUUAAAAUUUGCUUGUUAACACUAACAUAUGUUUUAUUUCAAUAAUUAACUUGCGCGUAGGUGUCUAUAGCUGUGGGAGAAAACUAGAGAACCUGGGUGAAAAACCCAUGAAUUUGGUCCGUGGAGCCUAAUCCUAUCUAAAGCACAGAACCAUAUUGAUUUCCAAAUUUUUUGAAUUGUAAAUAUCAAACCAAAAAAUAUAAAAGAGUGCCGAAUAAGUAAAAUUUCCUAUUUGCAGACUUAUUGUGUGUAUUUCCAUGAAAAGAAUCACAUUUAGACCAUUUAAACCAUAAAUAUCUAAAUUAUUUUUACAAGUUAUUUAUAGACUUAUGGUGCUAUAUAAGGUAUUUAUGAAUAUUGAUUCAAUAUAGAAUAUAUUAGCUCUAUUGAUGUUGUUCAUAAAAAAAGAAUCAUGUUCACACAUAAAGAACAAAAGCUGCAACAAUGUAUUAUUAUUGAAAUAGGACAUAGACUGAUAUGUUUGUUGUAUCAAUAUAUUGUAACAAACAAGAUCAGGCAUCAGAUAUUUAAUAUGGCAAAUCAUCUGUUCUGAAAGUGAUACAUGUAUACAUUUUUAAUGUUUUUCAAUGCAGCAUUAAAAUUUUAAAAAACCUCUACUUUAUUUUAUACAUUAUUACUUAUAAUUUGUCAUCAUGAGAAACAAAAUCCCGUCCGGCCCCCCAAAAAACAAUAUUUAUAUUUUAUAUGUGUGAGGGGGAUGGCGGGGGGCCUUCCUGUGCCACCGAGUAAUAUUGUGCUGUGUGGAACAUGCUGGAGUCUAUUUGUAUCUGACCAAUGGUGUAUGUUUAACACUAGUUAAGCAUUAUGAUUGUGAUUAUAAUGUUAAAAAACACAUUAAAACCGCAUGAUUUUUUGCCAUUUGUGAGGAAGGCACAAAAACCCAAGGGGCACAAAAAUUCAGAACCAUGACACAAAGCUUGUCAUUUCGUCUCUCUCACUUAGCCCCUGAUUGGAACAAAUUACCAAUUCAGAUUCUUAAUGUCACUGCUAUUGCUAUUUUUAAAACUAAAGACUUAUUUCUUUAAAACAGCUUAAUAGUGAUUUUUUAAAGACUAAUCUAAAGACUUAUUCAUUCAAAAAGGCUUGUACCAAGUGAUCCUUAUAGGUAGAUUAUUUUAAUUACCAGAACAUGUAAUUUAAACAAUUUUUUUGUGCAUGUGAAAUAGUCUCAAAAUGUAUUAAUGCAAUUUAAUAUUGAUCUGUUUAUUGAAAUUCAGUUUUUACUCUUAUCGUCAAAAUCUUAAAUUAGCGUCCUUGGGUUGUCUAACACGUAUAUCUAUGCAAGUCAUGGGUUUGAUCCUGGCUUUGUACUUGAAAGAAGUAGGGUCACUGGUCUAACCUCAUGGUUUUUCUCUCGGUUUUCUCCCACUUCUAAAAACCUCUGUGUUCAAGGGAAUUAUUGAAAUAAAAAUAUACUAUAUGACCUGUAUACAUCAAUUAUUAUUAAUGUACAUUUAUUAAAUAUUUUAUACUUGUCUCAUUAAUUUAAUCAAAUAGAAAUAUGAAUGAAAUUUACAUGUACUGUGAUUGACAGAUUGUGUAAUAUAUGUGUAUUAUACUUGUUUUUGACAUAUUAAUGAAUGUCAGCUAUUUAUAUUGUAAGACAUUAUUUAUGACAUGGUGCAAUCAUGUAUUCAUAGAAUUAUUUAUAAAAAAAAUAAAUCAUGGUUACCAUAGAAACGCAUGUAACAUAUUGUUGUGUUAUUAUAUUUAUAUAAGUAUAAAGAUUUUUAUAUUUAUGGGGUUUUAGACAGCUCUAUUUCUGUUUAAUCAGGCUAUUUAAUUGAUACAGAGAUAAGUUUUAUUGCCCUAAAGCCACCAUUAUGAUUUUAUAUACUGGUUAUAAUGUGUCACUGCUUGUUUUAAAAUGACUAGAACCUUUUUAACCCCAAUAAAACUAAACAUAUUAUUUUUACUAGGAAAACUACAAUCCAUCCCGACGUUAUCUUUGAAAAAACAAAAGUUGAAAACGUAACUAGUUAUUGUCAUUUGGGAUUAACAUUUCAGUCUAAUGCAUUAUAUUAUGGUCAAAACUUGACUCAAAACACAUUUCAAAUAUAUACCAGAAAGCUUGUGGUCGACUAAAUAUUUUGCAUAUACUGAAAUAUAAAAUAAAUAGAAUUUCACUUAAUAAAAUAUAUCUUGCUUUUAUUUGCCCUAUUUUAGAAUAUGCCAAUAUUGUAUGGGAUAACUAUUCAAAGAAGGAUUCUGAUCUAUUAGAAAGAGUUCAAACUGAAGCCGGUAGAAUAAUAACUGGCCUGAGAAGAAAUUCAUCUAAAAACAAUUUAUAUAAAGAGCUUGGUUGGGAAUCAUUGUCUAAUCGCAGAAUAAAACACAAAUUAAUUUAUUUAUAUAAAAUAAAGAAUAACCUUACUUAUCUAUCUGAAGCCUUUUAAAAAUUUGAACCAUCAAUAUCAAAUUAUAACCUUUGUAAUGAAAAUCGGAACCUCAAUCUACCAAUUUGUAAAACCAGUUCAUAUUCUAAUAGUUUCUUUCCCUGCACAAUUAAACUUUGGAACAACUUACCUGAAAAUAUUAAAACCUCACAAACGUUAAAGACAUUUAGGGCCUUUCACGUGUGUAUCCUGUAAUUAGACCACCACUAUAUUAUAAUACUGGAAAUAGGAAAGAGAAUAUUAUUCAUUGCCAAUUAAGAAAUAAAGCUAGUAACUUAAAUAAUCACUUCUUCUACCAUUUUAUUAGUGAAACAAAAGUGUGCCCUAGGUGUAAUUCUGCAGACGAAGAUAAUAACCAUUAUUUUUUCAUAUGUCCAGCAUACUCUGCCCCAAGAACAAUUCUCAAAAAUAAUCUACACCACCUUAAACAAAAUGUUACAAUUGACCUGAUCCUAUAUUGCAACCCUGCUCUUCCAAACAAUACCAAUUCUAACAUAUUUGAAAUAGUGCAAAAAUACAUAAAAGACAGCAUGAAAUUUUAACACUUUAAUAUUUAAAAGUUAAAAUUACUCUCCAAGUUAUGUAUAUAUGUUUGUAAACCACUGCCUGUACAUAUGUCCACCAUUGUAUUGUAAACAUAAGAUUUAACUAUUUUAUAUGACUGGAGAGAACUUAUAUAGGCCUUUGCCUGUUGUUCAAUCCAAUUCAGCUUAUUAAAUAAAAUAUUGUUUAAACUAAACUAGAACCCUUUGAUUUGGCUAUAAAAUGAAAGUUCUCACUUUAAGGAAGUUAGAUUUGUUGAUUUGCUUUGUGAAUGAUUUUGUGUUACACUAUUGGCAGUAUUAUUCAAAAGUUAAACUGAAAUUAAUAAACAAAGUGACUUUCAGAUAUUAUUUUGAAAAACAAAAAUUUAAUCAUUUAGAUCUUAUGCCAUCACUUAUUGAAAUGACACAUCAGAUCAACUCUUAUCAACGAGAGGGGGGUUGGAUGAGGGGGGUUGGAUGGCCGAAUGGUUAGCAGGUGCGCACUGUGUCAUAAAUCCUGUCAUUGAGUCAACUGGCGUGGUUUCAAAUCCCUGGUUGUACGUGACAAGGAGUAGGGUCGCCUGUCCAACCUCGUGGGUUUUCUCCGGGUCCUCCGGUUUCCUCCCACUGUUCAAGACCCCUACGCGCAAGCGAAUUAUUGAAAUAAAAUUAAACCAUAUGUUAGUCCCGAAAUGACCUAGUUUGUGUCGAGUUGACGUUAAACCACAUUUCUCUCUCUCUCUUAUCAAAGAGAUUUAGCUCCUUUAAAUGGACAUGGUUUAUUAGGGAUUAGUCUGUACUGUGAUUUAAGGUUUUUUAUGAUUAAUGAUUGAAGCGUACUAAAAAGGCUAGAGUUCAAAAUGGCAGUUUUAUUUAACCUUAAAUUUAUGUAUCUAGCUGUUGAUGUCACCAAUGCUAUGAGCGUUUAGUUUAAUAAUAACUUUCAUCAAUGACCGGUGGAUUUUGUUAUGUGAUAUUCUGUUAAGUUAUUAUUUGUCUUAGGCCUACUAGUGACAUUGUUUAUAGUGUAAAUUACUAGAAAUAUGUUCUUAUUUAAAACAUACACAUAUCAAAGUAAUACAUGCCUACUGAUGUCACGUGAUGUUUACAUAAUAAUGUUGUUCUACCAUCCAGUCAUAUUUUAUAUCUAUAAAUCAACCAAUCAGCUAAUGCCCAAUAUGUGUGACCCUUCCACCAACCACGUCAUUUCUAUAUUAAAUGUAUUACUUCAGGCAAUGACACAAAGAGUGACAUAUUUGAUUUUAGGAAAGAGAAUAUAUAAAAACUGGUGUUGGAUGUUUAUUAAUAGAAGUGUAACAUUUAUAUAACAGUUUUUAGAUUGCAUUUUCAUAGGGAACAUAAAAAUUUGAGUAGCAUUUUUAAUGGGAAAUUUGUCAUUUUUUGCUUUAUAUAAGCAUUUUGUGUAGCAAAUGACCCAAAUUUGCGUUGUAAACCUUAAAACUACACAGUAAUUCUAUGCAGUGUUUCAGUCAACUCAAUUGAUAAUUAUUACACAUCAAGCAAAGUAAGGAAGGGAUAAUGAAAUGGAUUUGUUCUGACCGACCCACAUUGCUUUCUGAAGUAUAUCUGUAUGAAACUUUGUACACACAUUUAAACCUAUUACCAGUAGGGCCUACAGUUGUGCUAAUUAGAAAUUUCUCAUGUUUAAUAAUUUGUGUUUCCAUGGAAACAACAUUUGAUUAAGUCUAUGUAAUACAAUUUUUAUCCCAGACCAGAUCUCAUAAACUGUUCAAAGUAUUUGUUCAGAAAUUAUACAUGUACAUGUACAUGUACUUUUAUGGUUGUUGUGCCAUUUGCUAAUUUCAAAAUUCUCAGUUGAUUAAUUUAUGUGUUUCUAUGGAGACAAUUUUACUUAUUCUCACUUGAAUAAUUAUAAUUUUCAGUGUGCAAUUAGUAUUCCAUAGCAUUUCACAAACCAUUGAAAAUAUCUUUAUGAAAAUUUACAUCAUUUAUACAUCUAGAAUUGAGCAUAUGUAGAUGACUGGGUCUUCUUGUUUAUAUUAGAGAAAAUUUCCCAAUUAACAAAUAUAAUACAGUGAUAAUGAAGCAUAUGUAUAAUGGUUACCACUUAAUUUUAAUCUUCUAAUAAAGCUAAAAGCAAUUUAACAUUAAAAGAUAUAUAUAUCUUUGUAUGUACCUAGUGACAUUCAUACUUUCAUUCAUCAAUCCUCAAAAAGACUUUGAUGGAAAAUAAGAAUUGCUAUUCAAACUUUUAUUAACAUUUAUUGGAUGUAGUGUGGGGAUUUUGAAUAAAUCUCUGAAGUUUUUUUUUAUUUAAAAAUGAAAAAUUUAACUAAUAAAUUUGUUCAAACACUUUUUUUUUUAUUGCAUGUCAGAAAGCUAUAAAAUAAACUUUUGAACCUGGUAAUGACUAGUUCAUGAACUUUUAAACCUUUUAAGAAAUUGAUGAAAGUUUUUUAUAUAGUUUUUUGCUGAAAAACUGGAAAAUCUACCUACCAGUAUUUGUGUUCAUGAGAUGAAAAGGGUUAUUGAAUUCCAAGAAUUUCUAAAAAUUACUGUCAGAGAUGAUAAAUUUGAAAAAUUAUGGAUGCUCUAGAAACUAUCCAUUUGAUUUUAAAUUUAUACACAGUGUUUAUGUUGAUGAGAGGAAGAAUCCUAUUGAUUUCCGAUAACCAAGUAGUCUUUCUCCUUUCAUACACAACAUCAGUCCCAGACAGUAUAGCCCAACCCAUACAUGGGUUGGACUCUGACCUCCACAGCAAUCAAGGGUUUGGUUUUAGCUGAAAGUAUUUUUAGGAUUAUCAUGCCUGUCCCUAUUAGACCUAACUACUGGAAUUUGGAUAAUAAAUUUAACAACACUGCCCUAGCAAAAGUUUUUUUUCUUUAAACAUCAGCAUAUAAUAGCAAAGAUAACCUAUAUUAAAUAUAACUUGCAGUUAAAUGAUCAUAAAGUCAGUGAAGCAUAUAAAGAUAGGUUAUAUGUAAAUGGGAUAGUAGGCUUUGAUCA